CUUCAAGUCGGCUAAACACAAUCUAACUGAAUUAAAAAUGCUUCAAACUUCCACCAAGUUUCUGCAGUAUAAAUUAUCAAACAACAUAACCAUCUAGGUCCUAAAUCAAUGGAUACCCGGCAAGCAAACAAGCUUACCUCUCAUGUUGCUGCUGAUAACAUUUCAAUGGACUCGCUCUCUUUUAGUGACCUUGUUUGUGUUCAAGACCAGCAACCAAAGUUCCCGUCUUCUAACCACGCUAAGCGCUACCAGGUAAGCAAACAUAGCUCAGAAUUUGAAUUUACAACCACUAAACCAAACUUAAAUUCUGCUGUCAAUCGAAUCAAGAUCACAUCAGCUGAUCAGCUUAUUUCCAAUGGUCAACUUCAACCACAAGCACUACCAUUUCAAACAACUCAGUGUGUGAUCAUAAAUAGACCCAGCUCCUUAAGCCCAUUACAAGCAACUCAUAUCAGUGGUAAGAUGCCAAGUGGGCAAACAAUCACCGCAACGAAAUAUCACGAAAAACUCAGCAAAUCAAGCAAACACACAACAACAAAUAAGCAAACCACCGUGGCAAGGACCGGGUUUCGCCAGAAAAUGAAGUCUUUUCUAUCGCCUUGCCGAGAAUGCCAAACGAUUAAGCAUGAUGCUGUUAAAGCGCAAACUGUUCCUGGAGAAAAAAUCAAGAUAUACUGACACAAGGCUUAUAAUCUCCAUGCGAUUAUUUACUGCAAGACAUCAGGAAUCUAGCUUUUUCUAGCCAAGUCUGAAGAAUUGCAAGUGACAUGCUUCAUUUCAAAGUCAGUUACUGCAUUAUUAGGCAAUUAGCAUCAAAUGACCAAAACAAUAAACCUUUACGCUAUGGAAAUUUUCUUUAGUUUGUAUUUUACUCCG